CAGCAAUCACUGUCCGGACUCCAAACCCACCCCUGAAUUUCAGAUCAGAAUAUGUUUUUAUUUGAUUCCGAACCAGUAUACGUAUGGGGGAGGAAACACAGCGUACUGGAAAAGCGAGGUCUAAAGAGGCUCUUCUCUCCCUCUCUCUCUCUCGGAUUAUCUGGCUCAUCCAUUCAUUCUCGAGUUCCUUUUCGUAUUUAAGUAGUUUCUCUCUCGCUCUAUUCGACAACUCGUUUUCUCAACUGGACGCUCUUUUCUGACUUGCUCGCAAUCGGUACGUUUCAGCGUGGCGUUUCAGUUGAACUGACAGAGUCACCACUUAGUCCUAUGUUUGUGUAUUUGAGUUGCAUGUGGUGGGUUUUCCAUGGAAACAGUGGUUGGAGUCGAGUGGAAUGAUGAAGGAAAGGAUGAAGAGAACGGGGUUGAGAAAAGUAGCUCUGCUCUGUCUUCACCAAAGCAGAUUGCCGAUCCGGUUAUCUACAAGCUUGUCCGGGUUGAAGGAGAUGGGAGAUUAGUGCCUGCAACCGAUGAUGAAUUAAUGGAGGUUGGGGAUUUUCUUGAAGAUGACAAGAGUGAAAUGCAUGAUGUUGCUGACACUGUGCAGACAUUGGGCUGCAUGUGCAACGAAGGGUUGUCCUCUGAGAAGACUCUGAUAGAAAGCUCAGAAGGUUUAUUGAAGUCGAAGAACUCAAAAGUUGAUGCUUGUAAGCUAAAUGCACGGCUUGAGGAAUGCUUUCCUUCAUCAACUUUAAGUUUGAAGGACAACCAUAUCAAUCAAUUUGGAGACACAGGGGGGGUGCCAAAGCCUCCUGAUAAAAUGAUGGAAAGUGGAUCAUCUGCUGCUGCUGUCUGUGCUGGUUUGAACUUUGAUUUUUCCAAGUUAAAGGGGGAGAUUUGCUUGGAUAAACUAUCAAUUAGAGAACUUCAUGAAGUGUUUAAAGCAACAUUUGGGCGAGAAACUACUGUCAAAGACAAGCUUUGGCUUAAGAGGAGGAUAUCCAUGGGAUUGACUAACUCUUGUGACAUAUCAACCACAAUGUUCAUGAUUAAAGAUAACAACUUGGUGAAGAAAGGUGAUGAUGAAGGUAGCAAGGAUGUGGAUGGUUCAUUCACCCAUGAUCCAUCAGUUGGAACAAUUGAUGUAAACUGUAAAGGUUCACCAAGUAGCAUUGGCAGCCAAUCUGAAGACCAUCAAAUUGGUUCUGGCAAGAAAUUAAGAAAUCAUGGUGUGGAUCUUGAUAGUGGAAGUGAGCAGCUUCAUACAGAACAGAGGACAGCAAAAAGAAUGCGGAAGCCCACCAAACGAUAUAUAGAAGAACUAUCCGAAGUAGAUUCCAGAGAUUAUAGCCAAAGGUUGAUGAGCUCACCUAAGAAUGCUGGACUUGGCCAGAUCGCCCCAAGAUCUUUUGCUAGGCCCGUUAGAAAUGUGCUGUCAGAUGGGAGAACUGUUGUCACUCGGUUGGACUCUCUUGGGGGACUCGGUGUUCACGUUCCAUACGUUUCUCGGGUUCGAAGAAGCCGUCCAAGGAAAAAUGUCAUGGCUCUUAUGAUGUCAAAUGAGUCAGGUAUUGCUUCACUGUGUGCACGGUGCAGUUGUAAUUUAAAAUUCCAGUUCUUUGCUGAACUAGAGAAAGAUAGGCAGCAUUCUGUAAUGAGCAGAAGUGAACUGGAAGAGAAUUUGAGGAGGACACAAGCAGAUUCUUCCGGAGAUAAUUCAGAUGAUAAUGUAGUAACUGUUCCCACUGCAAAAGGUGGAAUGAGAAGGAAGCAUCAUCGAGCUUGGACUCUUGUUGAGGUUAUGAAAUUGGUUGAGGGUGUAUCCAAGUGUGGAGCUGGAAGGUGGUCUGACAUCAAACGACUUGCUUUUGCAUCCUAUUCAUACCGCACAUCCGUUGAUCUUAAAGACAAGUGGAGGAACCUGCUAAAAGCUAGCUUCGCACAGGCACCUCCAGAUGAUGUGAUGAACUCGCGGAAGCCCACUUCAAUGCCGAUUCCUGAGCCGAUUUUGGAACGGGUGAGAGAGCUUGCUGAGACGAAUGCACGGGUUCCUCCAAAUCUUGGCACAAGCAAACCGACUGUGGGUAGUAGAAAUUCGCAGGAUACAAUGUCUGGAUACUUGUAACAUUUGUAAAUAAUACCGUUUUUGUAUUCCAAAAUGAAAAUAAAGUUACUUUUUUAUCUUUAGGCAUUCUAAAAUUGGUUCCUUGA